AUGAAAUACUUUUCAACAAGAGGCUCGCCAGAUCUUCUUACAUUCUCAGAAGUAGUCUUAAUAGGCCUGUCUAAAGAUGGCGGACUUUUUAUUCCACAAACGAUUCCAACUCUCCCUUCAGACUGGAAAACUUCCUGGUUAAAUCAUUCUUUCACUUCUUUAGCCCUUGAAAUUUUUUCACUUUAUAUACCUGACGACGAAAUUCCUCGUAAAGAUUUGGAAAGAUUGAUUAAUAAAUCAUAUUCAACGUUCAGGGCAUCUGAUAUUACUCCAUUAAAAAAACUCAGAGAAAAUCUUUAUAUAUUAGAAUUAUUUCAUGGACCUACUUUCGCCUUUAAAGAUAUUGCAUUGCAGUUUUUGGGAAAUUUAUUUGAGUAUUUAUUAAAAAAAAAAAACUUGGAAGAGAUUUUAGAAGGAAAAAACACGACUAAAAGAGAAAGGAUUACAAUUCUUGGAGCUACUAGUGGCGAUACUGGAAGUGCAGCGAUUUAUGGUUUACGAAAUAAAAAAGAUAUUUCUGUAUUCAUCCUACAUCCCCGAGGCAAAGUGUCCCCUGUGCAAGAAGCUCAAAUGACUACCGUACUAGAUAACAAUGUUCAUAAUCUCGCA